GGUAUGCCAAGUUUCAGCUCUCCAUCGCGGGCGUGUUCCGAGCUAUUGCCAAAAAAAAAGUAUGGGGGCGGCACCCGCCCCCCCCCCCCCCUUGGCCGGCGAGUGCUCGACUUCGACUAUUAAUUGAUGGGAACAUAUGCCACAAUAUGCGAAUAAACGUAAGAUAAGCACCGAAUCUGUCCAUCGUGCACCUGAUAGGUACACCUCAAGAAUUAUUGCAUGUCCGUCCCUCCAGCAUCUCAACCUCCGUGCCUCACCGGCGAGCGACGCAGCGAUUCAAUCCAUGAAGGAACAUAUCCGAAUUUUUUCUUCCUAGAUAGGCAAAACCUUUCAUUAAAAGAUGCACAAGUUUAUUGCAACAUCCUAGAUGAUGCAAUAAAUCGAGGCAAAAAUGUUGCGAUAAACAUGUUGCGAUAAAUUGAAAUUUGUUCAUCUUGUGUUACGAUAAACGCGAGAAACUAGUAUGUAUGUGUUUGGUUUAACUAUCCAGCUUAACACAUGGCUGAUAUUAACAAAUGUUUUUGUAUCAUUCAAAAAUGAUCACCCGGUAUAUAACUAAUCAUGAAUGCCCAAAUAACCAUGUUUGAGUGUGCAGAUCAAGCGUUGAUGACCGUCUCUGCGUUCUUGAUAUAUUCCAGAUGUGGUCUCGCGCUCUUUCAGCGCUCACGCUAGUUUUGCUGACUCUGGCCAUCAGUUGCUUGCUGGGCACCACAGAUGCGCGUCUGGAGCCGACCGGCCGGGUGCUGGUGCAGCACCGCACCGAGACCAUCACCGAGCUGACGUCGACGGUCACCACCAAGUUGUACACCUGCAUCACCGGGUUCGCCACCUCGCCGCCGGCCUGCUCGGGUCGCCGGCGCCGGCGCCGUAGCCAGCCCAAGGGCCACGGGGCGCCCGAGCACCUUCCAUCCACCGCAGCUCGGUCGGUGACGGCGCUGGAGUCGUCGCUGUCUCACACUCCGGUCAAGAAGGGCCGCUUCCUCUACACGUACAUGAAGAGGGUGACGACGACGGUGGUCACCACGGACACGUCGUACAUCAGCUCCGCCACUGUUAUGAUCGCCCUCGAGUGCACAGUGGCCGGCGCGAACCUCAUCAACAUGCCCAACUGCCCCUAACAGACCGGCGCGACACUUAUCUGAGGAACGACACCGUACACAAAUCAUUUGAAGAAGAUGGCAAACGAGUUUGUUAUAAGAACUGCUUUAUUUAACACUUGUGUCUGCUCUCCAGCGCUCUGGCAAAA